GGUUUCGUGGUUACGACGUCCGCCGCUCAUUCCUCGAGUUCUCGCUCUCUUCAAGUCGAUCGCCGGCUCGAGUGUUAGCUGAUCGAAGGGAGGAAAAGAACAAUGGCGGAUUCUAAAGCAGUCACCAUCAGGACCCGAAAGUUCAUGACCAAUCGUCUUCUCUCUCGCAAGCAGUUUGUGAUCGAUGUUCUUCACCCGGGAAGGCCGAAUGUGUCCAAGGCUGAGUUGAAAGAGAAGCUAGCUAAGCUGUACGAUGUUAAGGAUCAGAACUCGAUCUUUGUGUUCAAGUUCAGGACGCAAUUUGGUGGCGGGAAGUCUACUGGGUUUGGCCUGAUCUAUGAUUCUGUAGAGAGCGCUAAGAAAUUUGAGCCCAAAUACCGCCUUAUCAGGAAUGGAUUGGCCACGAAGGUGGAGAAAUCAAGGAAGCAGAUGAAAGAAAGGAAGAACAGAGCAAAGAAAAUCCGUGGCGUGAAGAAGACCAAGGCUGGAGAGGCUGCCAAGGCAGGCAAGAAGAAGUGAAUGCUAUCUUCAGCAACGUAUGAGAUUAUAAUUUAUAAUCCUUUUCUUUUUCUUUUUCUUGCGGUUUGAGAAAUGGAUGCUAAAUUGUGGCUGUGAUUUUUGAAUUUUGAACCAUUCUGUUACUUCUGUAGUUUGUUAAAACGUUUCUUUUUUAAGGAUAUUUUUUCAGUUCGGUCCCAA